GAUUAUAAUGAUUCUCAAAUAUAUGAUUUCAGAUUUUGCAACUCAAAUGUUUUAACCUUAACCGUAUGAUAAGGACUAGUUUCAAAUUGUCCGACACGAUAAAAAAUUAACAUGUAAUUCUAUAAUUCUGCAAGUGUGACAGUUUCUAUGGGAAAUGAUAAAAGACAUGGCUUUUCAGCACAAAACACUAUUGAACGAAAGAAUAUUUUAUAAUUAGAAAUAUUAGUUUCAGAAGUUCUGUUGUUUAUUUUGAUACACUUUAAAAAUUAUAAAACCGCAGGAUUCUUAUUAGGCUAACUGAACUAAUGUGAACUAAAAUCCACUAGAAAGUCAAUUUAUGUUCUUAGUUGUCAGUUAAUUGAGUUUUCGACGAAAUCUGAUUUUAGUGAAUGGUGCUCUCCGAAGUGCAGUAAACCAGACGAGAUGUUCACGAGAUAACACAUACCAAGUAUCUACUUCAUCAUAUGCGGCCCACUGGGAUACAAGCAACUGGCUGCUCAGUUAUCCUGAUGUACAAUGGAGUUUGCAAAAGAAAGUUCCUCGAACUGUUGACCUAUGGGACAUUGAACGAGAGUUUGAGCCCCUUGGAACAUCGGAUAUGGUGGUGGCUAGCGGUCUUCAUCUAGAACCAGGGACAACCUACAGAGCUGCUGUCAAGUUCUGUGUAGUGAAUGUAUGUUCUAAACCCAUAUACAGUGAUGGUGUGACUGUCAUAGCACAUCCUCCAACACCAGGCAAUAUAUCGCUGACGUAUCGGGAAUCUGACAGUGGACAAGCACAGAUCCAGGUGAAGAUGGCUCGGUUCCGUGAUCCUGAUAUAAAAGUACUACAAGAAGCUUAUGACGUCAUGGACAGAUACCAGUGGGGUCUUACAGAUGACAGUCACAACGACAAAAUGUUGAUAGACUGGCAGACAGUGGAUGCUGAUGCUAUUGAAAGUGAGGCUGAUGACAAGAUAAGUUUCACUCUAAACCUGCCAAAACUGAUUCGCUUUACCAAGUGCAGAAGAGUAUCAGUCAGGGGCUACAACCACGUUGGUUUACAUACAACGGUGUCAGCAGAUGUCAAAGAAUGUGCAGCAUAUAACCCUCCAAAUAUCGUGCCUGCAGUUGUCCUAGAUGUUAUCGGAACAAACAACGAAAAUGUUGGUCAAGGAAUAACCUUUGAUCAGAAUAGUCACUGGAAUGAUGCUGACUACACUCCCUACAAGAACAUCCUGUCUGCUGUGUGGCCGACUCUACGUCACAGGAACUACACCUGGGCAGUGGUGGUAGCUGACCAGUUAGACCCCUCGUCUCACUACAAGAGAGAGACUCUGAUGACCGUCACUGACCCCUGUAGCAUGCCGGAUGUCAUCAAGUGUGGACACACGGUGAACGAGUUCAUCAACGUGGAAUUUGCAGAGCUGUCCUACUUACAACACGGCAGGCGAUUUUAUGUGUGCAUCCAUGCUGAUGACAAAAACACUCGUUUUGAGAAGUGGACAUCACCUCUGACUGAAGUGAACGCCUGCAGUGACGGCAUCACUGUCGAUCUGACUCCACCUACACCGGGGACAGUGAACAUAGAGAAUCUCAUAGACGGGACAUUUCAGGUUAGCAAAACAGAAGUUGCAAUUAGCUGGACCGCUUUUGUUGAUGUGGAAGAGGAAGGUUUCUCUGCUCAUGCUGCUGGGAUUGCCUUUUAUGAAGUUGCAGUGGGUACUUUCCCUGGUGGACAAGAUCUUGUCAUUUACACCCGUGUUGGAUAUGUAAACAAGUACAUUCUACACAGGCUCAACCUGCAGACUGGAAGUACAUACUAUGUCUCAGUGAGAGCCACAGAUUUUGUGAAGAAGACAACAGUUGCUGUAUCAGGGGGUUUCCUUGUCGACGCCACACCUCCAGUACCAACAGGGCAACACAUUGACGUGGAGGGACGAUACAUUACAUCUCGUCUUAUACAUGUCUGCUGGAGGAACGUUUUCUCAGACGAGGAAAGUGGAAUAAAGUCAUACAGCGUUGCUAUGGGCACCAGACUUGCGUAUGCUGAUGUGUCAGAGUACAUGAUGACCGUUGAGGAUUGUUUGGACAUUGACACACUUAAUAAAACAGAGGAUGGUCACUCUUAUUAUAUAACUGUGAAGGCCAUCAACGGUGCAGGUCUGUACACACUGUCCUCAUCACGACCUCUGGUUGUGGACACCACGCCUCCAUCUUCUGGCCACGUCUAUGACGGAGUACAGUCAGCUGCCUCACAUGAUGACAAAGACAAGGACUAUAUCACCAGUGUCUCCGAGAUGGCAGCCUACUGGGAAGGCUUCGACGAUCCUCAUUCAAGUGUCGCCAUUUACAAGGUCAAGGUCGGAACCUGCGCAGGAUGUGACGACAAAAUGAAAGAAGCCAAGACAGGGCUACAUCAAUAUAUCAGCCUACAGCACAUCAUGCUCUCCCCAGGAGUGAAGUACUUCACCACAGUGACAGCCUGUAACACAGCAGGCCUCUGCAGCAGCUCCUCAACCUCAGACGGUGUGAUCCUGGACAGCUCCCCACCAGUUCCUGGAACAGUGCAGGAUGGUACAGGCGACAUGGACAUACAGUUCCAGGCGACGAGGACAUUCAUCGGUUGCAAGUGGCGAGGCUUCAGCGACCCUGAAUCAGGAUUAGAUUACUAUGAAUGGCGUGUCGGAACAAAACCAGGAGCUGACGACAUUCUCUCAGCCCGCACUGCAGCCUUGGGUGAGGUCAUCUUCCACACCCUGCCACAUGACCAACAGUUGCCCGUACGACGGACAUUGUACAACACUAUCCGGGCAUUCAACAAAGCAGGGCUUUAUUCAGAGGCCAUGUCUAAUGGGGUACUGGUGGAUGACAGCGUUCCCAUUGUGGUUACACUUCCGACAGUGAGAAGUUUAAUGUCCCUUGUUCCCAACACUACAGUCAGUCGGACAGCUCUGAGUCUACACUGGGAAUUCCAAGACGUUGAGUCCGCUAUAGAACGCCAGUACCUCUCGUUAUCAUCUCACCAGCUUGGAGAGAUAGAUAGUUCUAAUCUUGAGGUUCCUGGUUUACUUCGAGAAUACACUUUUGUGAACCUUGACUUGCAUGAUGGAAGUAAAUACAAGGUGAAGGUUACCGCGUGCAAUAUGGCGGGUCUCUGUGUAUCGGCACAUACAAACAACAUUUUGGUUGACAGCUCUAAACCAAAUACAGGUACGUUCGCCAUAGAAACCGACCAUGCAGUGAAACUUGCACGACAUCAGACUGGCUGGAUGACUUGGACCAGGACCAGUCUGAACCUGGCGUGGCUUGGCUUCUCUGACCUACAUUCAGGGGUGGACCAUUACCUUGUAACAAUAGGAUCUCAUGAAUUCGGAACAGAUUACAAUACGGGUACACUACCGGAGAAGGUCUUCCAUAGUGACUCGGGUGUUAACAAAGGUGAUGAAGGAGUCCUGCAACGUUUCACAGUACACAGUCGUGCCCUGCCGUCAUCAGGAUCUGUGUUUGUAGCUAUUUGGGGUGUGAAUGGGGUUGGACUACAGAGUGAUGCCUACCACGCUGAACUGGUCCUGAAGGCAGACUCUACUCUGUGGCUGGUGAGGAGGUGCCAGGCCUACAACUGUGAGGGACAUUGUGUCUGUGCAGUGCAGGGCGGUACCUGUUCUGCCAGUAAAGCAUGUGCACAAGACAAAACAGAUCAAAACAUCACAAUCAAAGACGUGGUGGACGUCAUGUCUCCGGGUGGUUCUAAUGACGUCGACGUCAGUCUCUUCAACACCGUCAUGGCUGCCACUUGGACUGACUCGUCAGGGGGAUCAUCUGUUUCACGAUAUGAAUACAGUAUAGGCGGAGGAGAGAGUGAUGAGCCAAUGGGAGUGUUUGACGCCACGGCCGACAGGGUUUGGUUUGAUGCAGGUCUACAAACAUCUGCUGUUGUCUCAUUACCUGCAGGCAAGUCUCUGAUAUCUGGAGUGAACUAUUACUUCUUUGUGAGAGCGUGGUAUAACAAAACCAACAGCAUCUUCAAAUCGGAUGGCGUCCUCAUCCAAACAGCACCACCCACAGUAACAGUCAAGAUGGGCCAAGCUGUGAAAGAGCUUGCACACCCAACUGACACCAAAGAUACAGACUUUCAGACACAGAACGAAACUCUGUUUGUGCAGUGGAGUGGAAAGUUCCUUCAGGGUCAGAGCGGCAUCCUCAGAUACAGGGUCUUUAUCAGCACUGUGCAAGGAGGUCACAGUAUCCACAAAUCAGAGGACCUGACCUCCGCCAGCUAUACAGCGACAGGUCUGAUUUUACUUCCAAACACCGUCUACUACUGCAGUGUCCUGGCUUACAACAAGGCUGGUCUGGUCAGCUGGGCCUAUUCUGAUGGAGUACAGGUGGACGUCAUGCCUCCAGUGGCAGGCAGAGUGAAGGAUGGACGUGGCAUCCAUGACUUGGACUACCAGAGUUCAACAUCCGAAGCAUCCGCCUCCUGGUACGGCUUCUCGGACACAGACUCCACAAUAAUCAAGUAUUUUUGGUGUGUGGGGACAAGCAACGACACAUCAGAUUGCAGUGUGUUGGACUGGUUGGAUAUAGGACUACACACAUCUUCUAGGAGGUCGCUGUUGUCUCCAAUCGUAAAUGGUGCAAGAAUAUGGAGCAAGGUGUAUGCUGUGGAUGCUGUUGGUUACACCUCAGAUGUUGUUGUUUCUGAUGGAGUCGUUGUUGAUGCAUCUCCACCUGAACGUAAGGAUGUAGCAUAUCUUGGAGACAAUCUGGUUAAGAACCCAUCUUUCGAGGUAGACGAUAUAAUUGGUACUACCACGAAAUGCAGCCUCGUCAUACCAACAUCAUGGGAAACUGACACAGCGUCCUGUAUCAAGGUUCAGGCGCCGGAUUCACCUUUAGCUAAAGAUGGACAUAAGUUUGUGUCCGUAAUUGGAAGCAUCCAACAAAUGAUCUCAGGUCUUGAGGUUGGGAGGCAGUACAAGCUGACUCUGCAUGCUGGAUACCCAGAGACUGUUUCCAACACCCACAGAUCAGUUGAUGCAAUAGUUACAAUAGGAAGUGAAGUCUUCAGCUUUACCCUGGACCCUAACCUCUGUAGAGGCACCUGCAGUGUCGGAGAUCACUCAGUCGUCCUGUGGAACAAGCACACAUACAGGUUCACAGCCGUAGAUACCAGUCUAGUGCUGAAGAUAACGUCAUCGUCCAGGAUGAUGGAGUUUGUACUAGACCAUGUAAGUGUCCAGACUGUGGACUAUGUUGCUGGUCAGGACAGUGUGGACACCGAGGAGCAUCUGGUGGUCCACUCUGUGUUCCUGUCACACUGGUCAUCUCUACAUGUUUCCUGGCACUUCGAGGACCUACAAUCUCCUAUUACACAGUACAAGUGGGCGAUUGGCACAACUCCAGGUGGUACACAUGUCCAGGGCUACACGGACCUAGGUCGAGCCACACAGGGAACACUGUCUAAUGUGCAACUGCUCCAUGGCGCCACUGUUUAUAUUACUGUCAUGGCGACGAAUGCUGCUGGGCUGACAGCUGUGACAUACUCUGACGCCAUCACAGUAGACAUGACUGCACCACAGUUCGACCUCAUCAGUGAUGGUCUGGAUGGACGAGAUGAAGACUAUCAGACAUCAGGUGUGGUGAGUGUCUACUGGCAAGUCAGAGAUGAAGAAUCAGGUGUAGAACACUGCGACUGGGCUAUUGGGAGGACACGAGGCAGCAGCGACAUGAAACAGUUUGAGAGGAUCCCCCCAGGUCAGUCCACAGCCCAACAUGACAUCGCCUCUAAGAUCCACUCGUCAUCUGUGACAGUCUACACCACAGUCCGGUGCUUCAACAAGGCGGGGCUGGCGGCGGCCAUGACGUCGGAUGGAGUUGAAGUGGUCCAGACAAGGAACCAGACAUCAGUUCCUGGCUUCAGUGUCCUGAGAGAAAGUCAGUCGGUGUACAGUGAGAGGGAUAUGUGUCACCAGAGUCAGGAGAAAGUCCGACUCCGAUGGGACAAAACCAGCCGACAUUUCAAAACAGUGAUUGGUAUUGAGGGAGAUACGCUGACACAGCAGAAUGUCGUCCCCGUCCAUCUGGAGUACACCUUGGCCACAUUAGUGGGUGUAACACUGAAGGAUGGAUCGACAUAUCAUGCCCUCACUUAUCCUAUUGACGGGAUGGGAACACACGGAGAGACAACUAUGUUGAACUUCACGGUGCAUGGGCUUCCUCCAGCGAUAACAGCUUCUGGCCGUUUGUCUGUGGUCAAAACUGGCGACCGACUGACCGUCACCUGGCGGAAUAUGUUUGCUUCUCCCUGGGACGACCUGAAGUAUGAAGUUCACGUUGGAACAGUUCUCGGAGGCGCCGAUAUUGUAGACAAGCUGUUAACAGAGAAUGAUGAAAUCACUCUGACUUUAAAUUCGCAAUAUCGGGGAUUUGAUGAGAUUUAUGUUACUCUAACCGCUAUUGACACGUGUGGUCUGUCGACCUGGUCCACACAAACAGUAAGUUUGAACUGAAUGCAGUUCAUUCAUGUUUCCUAAAGAAUGGUAAGAUGUAUAACCAAACACUAUCCCACGGUGCACCGGUUGUUUUGUUUUCUUCAAUAUAUGAUAUAAUAUAUAAUUAUUCAAUUUGAAUAGU